UCACGUGCGCACACGGCGGUGCCGAGGUUUAUUUUGAGCAGGGAUCUCGGAUGCUGUCUUAUUACCGACAUGUUUAUGAACAAUCAAAUGGUCCUCGUUAAACUUUAUUGAUGGGCAUAAAAACCCUACGAACGGUCACCAGCMGAACAUAGCUCCGCUUUGCAGAGGACUGCCUGUCAGGGUCCCGGAAUCCCCUCCUCGACUAUCUCCACAAAUCCCAUUUAGGUAAUGUUUGGUCUUCUGGCCCUCGUUAAAAAAAAAAAAAAAAAACAGCGCAAACUGCACCCCGCGAUUAGACUUGGAGGGAACCGCGAGCGCGCUCCACUUCAAUAACAAUAAACAGCAUUCCACGUGGAAGUUAUAAACUCGUCGCUUUAUCAAAUGCUGCCGAGUUUGAUACAGAUAAAACGGGACAACGAUUUAAUAAAACGUUUUAAUGCUGUAACAGUAUCCACUGCAAUAGCAUGGAGCCACAGUACAUUUCGCCUGACAGAGAUGAAUUACACCAUCAAGUAGUUCCUUGCUUUUAUUGUGCGCAGGUCUGCACUGCGACUGCACACGGAUCCAGCAGCAGGACUGCAAACAAAGACUUCCUUGAUGAGAAAAAAAAAAAAAAAACAACAAGAAACGUUGCGGUUGAUGUUACCUCCAUUCAUCCAAGAAACGCGUAAAAGAGCGCAUUCUUUAAUCCCGUUUAUGUGCAUUGGUAUCCCAGGAUAAGUGGCGCAUUGAUCCACUGUAUAAUUUUUGUGUGGGGUAAAUAUAAUCACGUGUCCGCGAGGCAGCCAAUAGGAGCCAGGGAAGCGCUGAGAAAUAAUUACCUGCCUUGAUUGUUCUAUGGCUAGAUAAAAAAAGUACACAUAGAGUCCAUAUAAUAAACGGAUGCAUGUAAAAGAGUCGGGGAGGCUUCGACAUGUCGACCACGGGUCCCAUAACUAAUUAUUAUGUGGACUCCUUGAUCAACCAUGAAAACGAGGAUGUCCUCGCUGCAACUCGCUUCUCCGCGCCCGGUUCGCACCCAGCUGGCCCUCGUCCGACGUCCCUAGUACCGGAGUGCGCGGACUAUCCUUCCUGCAGCUUCGCACCCAAGCCCGCCGUCUUCUCCACCUCCUGGGCCCCGGUGCACUCUCAGUCAUCCGUGGUUUACCAUCCCUACGGCCACCAGCCGCACUUGGGCACAGACUCGCGGUACGUGCGCUCAUGGCUGGAGCCGAUCUCGGGCGCCGUGCCUUUCCACGGCUACCCGGGGAACAGCAGGCACUACGGGCUGAAGCCCGACGCCUUCCAGGAGCACAGAGCGGGGGAGUGCCUCGGCUCCAGCGGACGGACCUACACGGAUUAUCUGUACUGCUCAUCCACUGACAUGCGAGACAAGACGCAGCAGAACCUCCCCUCGCCCGAGUCGGAGCUUCUGGCUUCAGGGAAACAUAAAGAAGAGAAGCCGGAGCUGGAUCCGAAUAACCCUGUGGCAAAUUGGAUACACGCCCGUUCCACGAGGAAGAAACGCUGUCCUUACACAAAGUACCAGACUCUGGAACUGGAAAAGGAGUUUUUGUUCAAUAUGUACCUCACCAGAGACCGCAGAUACGAGGUCGCACGGGUUCUGAAUCUGACCGAGAGGCAGGUCAAAAUCUGGUUUCAGAACCGGCGGAUGAAGAUGAAGAAAAUGAACAAGGAAAAGAGCGACAGCAAGGAGCAAUGAUAUGGAAACUGCAGUGUGGGGAAAAAACAACAUCCAUAAUCACGUCUAUACUUGUACAUGAACAGCACAGAUGCACCAAGACACAUGAACCCACUCCUCCCCGCCCCGGCCCUCUUUCCUCACCAUAUUCGUCACUUUGUUGGAUUGUUUUUGUAUUAACAUUCAUUUCCAGACUGUUUUGAUGCUGAUUAUAAUGUUCUAGUGCACAGUUAUUGUGUAUUAAAAGGAGAGAGAACGAGAAAAAAAGGAUAUUUCUAGAGAUUAUGACAUUCUGCUUUCUGUUUUUUUAUGAGAUGAGAAGCGCGCGGUUUGAAUGCGAUAAACUGUCCGAAGUAUAUGAGAAUACUUGAAUUCUUUUCCUUUUCUUUUUUUAAAAAACUUCAUUAAAAAAACAUAAUUUAUGAUGUGAAUGUUUAGCUUUUUCGUCCGGUUUGUUUCUUUUUAAGAAAGGUGCAGGAUUUUGUACAGAAACCCAGCUCGACGCGUCUGUAUUUUGUGAUAGUUGUUGCUGUAAAUGUGCAUCUAUUUUUCUUUUUCUUUUUGUUUACUUUUUUGUUUUGGCUGUAGAGUUUACUCAUGGAGUGUAGCUAUAGUUCUCUGCAAAUAUAAUGAUAACCACAAAAUAA